AUGAUAGAAGUGCUAGCCAACGAUAGACUUGGUAAAAAAAUCAAGGUCAAAUGUAUGCCUACUGAUACAAUUGGCGAUUUAAAGAAAAUAAUAUCAUUACAAAUAGGUACAUCGUACGAGAAAAUCGUAUUGAAGAAAGGAUAUCAGGUUUACAAAGAUCAUAUCACUUUGGAUGAUUAUGAAGUACACAAUGGGUUUAACUUUGAAUUGUACUAUAGUUGA